AUGUCAAUGGCAGUGCUGAUAAUGGUGAUUCUCAUCAAUCUCAGAGAAAAUACAGUAGAUUUGAAGUUAUUGAUGUCCAUGUAUGAAGACAUGCAUGCUUCUAAAACUCGUCGUGAACUUAAAGAAAAUCAACCAACUGUUGCUAAGUUUGAUGUCAAUAUUCAAAACAGGUUGAACCCGCCUCUUCCUCAGAAUUAUCUNNNNCAGAUAGAUUUCAUAGCAAAGCAAGAGAGGUGGGAUUUGAUUAGGACACCUUAUUUGGAGAGAGGAGAGUGUAUGGCAGACGUGCCUUUCUUUGAGAACCCUAACGUUAUACUUGGAAGCUGGAUGGGAUUGUCAGUGUAUGAAGCUGAUUUUGGGUGGGGAAAGCCCUUUCAUUUUGGUCCGGGUGGUGUGUGUCCUUAUGACAGGGGGGUUAUUUCUCCAAGGCAUGGCGAUGACGAUGUUGAUGUGUUCAUGCAUUUUCAGGUGGCACAUAUUCAAGAUUUCAUCAUCAUGUUCUGGGAAGAUAUAGGAAAUGCUAGUUGCAGGACAAUAGAAGCCAAUAUUUAA